AUGCUCCUCUCCGCUCGACCAAUGCGCGUGCGCCUUGCGCUUGCAUCCGGCCACGCCAAACCAAUUCGUCCAACUCUAUGGCCUAGGCUUCAGGUAUUAUCACAUCAACGCCUUCAACCUGCUGGCGUGGCGGAUUCUGCUUCUGAUGGUUUGAGCACGCAUCAGGUGAAUUUGAUGUUGAGACAGCCCCAGCUUGUGGAACCAUCGGAUUUUCAAAAGCUGCGUCUGGAGCGUAAGCGACAGCGCACCAAGGAGGCUAUGGCUUACCGCUUCUCUGCCAUUGCCGCCACGGUGCUGGUGCUGAGCAUUGCCGUCGUGGCCACCUACUACCGCUUCCACUGGCACCUGGCUGAGGAGGGGGAUGUGCCGCUGGAUGAGGUGGCGGCCACACUGCUACUAGUUUUUGGCGGAAUUUUCGGAAUGGAGAUGUACGCUCGCUACGCACACAAGGUGCUCUGGCAUGACUUCGAGCCCGGGUGGGCCCUCCACAAGUCCCACCACGAACCGCGCACGGGGCCCUUCGAGGCAAAUGAUAUUUACGCCGUUGUCAAUGCUGUGCCGGCCAUGGCGCUGUGCUUGUACGGCUUUUUGACGCCGCACGUAACUGGCGGCGUGUGCUUCGGAGCGGGUCUCGGGAUCACGCUGUUUGGCAUCAUGUACAUGUUCUUCCACGACGGCCUGGUGCACAGGCGCUUCCCAGUGGGCCCUAUUGCAGAGGUGCCGUACAUGAAGCGAAUCAUGGUGGCACAUCAAAUCCACCAUUCCAACAAGUUUGGCGGAGUGCCGUUUGGAAUGUUCCUGGGGCCACAGGAGCUCGAAGCCGUUCCCGGCGGCAAGGAGGAGCUCGACCGGUUGAUGGCGGCUCUGGAGGCUCGCGAGGCGGAGAUGAAACAGCAGCAGGCGGUGGCGCCGUGA